UAUUUUUGUAAUGGCAAUGACAAAUAUAUCUUACAUAUUUUUAUUCGUUUUAUAAUUUAAUAAAUAGUAAUUUUAAUUUUAAUAAAUAAUAAACAGAACGCACAUGAAUGAUAUUGCGAGCAACUGCGAGUAAAGAAAAGUUAUUUACGUCACACGUGUUUUAGCAACUAAAUUUAUUAAGUUAGAAAGUUAGAUAACCUCAUAUUUAAUAAUUUUCUUUAAUCAUAUAUGUAGUUACUUAUGACUCACUAAUAUAGAUUUAUAUACUAUAUUCACAUAGUAAUUUGAAUGCAUGUGAUAUAAGUAUGAAAUAUUUUUAACCUCUUUCAUAAGUGACUCGAUAAAUCAACAAGUUGCAUUUAGCACAUUUAUAUUACAUCAUAGGGAAAAAUGUUUAAAAAUUCUAUGAGCAAGUUUAAUCAUAUACAGUACGGAAUAUUUACCACACGUAAUCGUGUUAGGCAAUUAUUAAUACGAGAUAAUUCAGGUCCUAUAAUUGAACCUGUCCUUCCUAAAAUUCAACCGGAUUCUAAACCACCUACUGAAAUUCCAGUACCCAAUGAAAAUAUAAGAAAUAACAAAGUGAUGAAUACAAGUACCAAUAACGAUGAAGUUCUUAUUCAAGAUGUAAGAGAUAAGGGUAUAAUAACACUGAAUCGGCCACAAGCACUAAAUGCAUUAAAUCUUUCUAUGGUACAAAAGAUAUAUCCUAUUCUGAAGGAAUGGGAAUCUACCAAAAAGUUAGUUAUAAUAGAAGGUGUAGGAAAUAAAGCAUUUUGUGCAGGUGGAGAUGUAAAAGCCGUAGUUACUGCUCUAAAUAAACCAAAUGGGAGUUCCUUGGGAGAAAACUUUUUUAGAGAUGAAUACACAUUAAAUUAUUUAAUUGGUACAUAUAAAAAGCCUUAUAUAGCAAUGAUACAUGGAAUAACAAUGGGAGGUGGUGUUGGCUUAUCUGUACAUGGAAAAUACAGGAUAGCAACUGAAAAUACUUUAUUUGCUAUGCCUGAAACUGCAAUAGGAUUGUUCCCAGAUGUUGGAGGAAGUUAUUUUCUUUCUAGAUUAAAAGGAAAAUUAGGUCUUUAUUUGGGUCUCACAGGACAUAGAUUGCAAGGCAUUGAUGUAUUUCAUGCUGGUAUUGCAACACAUUAUGUUCCAUCUAAAAGACUUCAGGAUUUAAAAGAUGAUUUAUUAAAGUUGGACACUGAUGAUAUUGAACAAAUUUUAAGUAAAUAUCAAUUUCAACAUUUGAUGAAUGAAUUCUCUUUAUCACCAUAUAUAGACAAAAUUGAAAAAUGCUUUUCUUCAUCUUCUGUUGAAGAAAUAAUCAAUAAAUUAAAUAACGAUGGUUCUGAAUGGGCAAAGAAAACAGUACAAACACUGCUAAAAAUGUCUCCAACAUCUUUGAAAGUUACAAAACAAUGUAUAGAAAAAGGCAGUAAACUUACUUUAGGAGAAUGUUUAAAAAUGGAAUUCAGAUUAAUUUGUGCCUGCUUGAACGAAAAUAGUGACUUCCAUGAAGGUGUUACAGCUUUACUUAUUACUAAACAUCAAAAUCCGAUAUGGAAUCCAAAAUCUUUAAAUGAAAUUACAGAUAAAUAUAUUGAUCAAUUAUUUGAAAAACUUCCAGAUGAAAAAGAAUUGCAGCUUUAAUAAUAUUGUAUAAUAUAACAUAUAUCAGUCGUUAUAUCAAUUACAUUGUAAUAUUUUU